AUGCGACAGGCUACUUUGGAGGAUACCAUGGAUGGCUGGGUCUCCGCAGAGCCGCACAGAGUGGUGCAGGCAGAGCUUCCCCUUGUUGCGUGCCAGUCUGUUUCACAGUCGGAAGCUGCAAGCAGCGGGUAUGUUGAGGGAGUUAGGAAAAAAGGUGGCAGACCCCGGAAGUCUUGGCAGCGGCAGCGGCAUUCUUCUUUUGACAUGCUGGAGCGAGAGGAGCAGAAAGUGCUACACAAGCCUUUGGUGUCUUCUUCAAAGGAUAGGUCCUUGGCGGUGCUGGCUGCCUGUGACCGCUGCAAAGACUGCUCCAAGCAGUAUUGCUUUGCACUUGAGAAGGGCCAGGGCAAUGUGGUUUGUGUGCAACAGACUGGUGAGUGCAGCGGAGAGAGGAAUUUGAAACGCAUGAAAUUGUUUCAUGCCAAAGCAUACGCAACUUCUUUAUCGCCUUCAAACGCUUUGUCUAAGAUGGCGGAUGAUGGCAUUGGCGCAGAGGAGCGUCCCAGUGGCCGUCGUCUCGAUUGUGCCAGCCUUGCGGCGCAUUGGAAACAGCAUGGGCCUCGUGGAACCUAUUUGGCCACUACUUGUUCGAAACGUUUGGCUGGUGGCUCCUUGGCGAAGCUGUGCUACGUCAUGCCGAAGUUUUGCUUACGCAACGCUUUGGAGAAGCCCGAAGACAUGUCCGCCAGCAUGGGAAUAGCGUUGGCAGAAUCCCCCGAGGCCUUGCACAGGGCCUGCUCGCACAGUGCUUCUGGCAGGUAUGACCUUCGCCGGCACAUGUUCUUACGGCAAGCCUAUGUCACACUGUAUGUGACCGCUGAGAAGAUCAUCGAUGGGCACAACCACUACAUGCAGGGCGGUGGCCAUACAGAGCACACAGUCUUCUUGUCGGAGGUCAUACAUGGGAAGAGCUUCUUGGCGCCCAUCCCAAAAGGAACAGACACGUCCUCCAGAAAGGGCAAAAAGAAGUUAAAGCAAAGUGAUCGCACCAAGAAAAUGCUCGGUGCCCCUGGAAAAAAUGACCCUCCGCCGCUCGUCAAGCCAAAGGCAGAAGGCUUGGUGCCGGACUGUUGGGAUGUUGAAGCUUUUCUUCCAGGAAUGCAGAAAGACAAGGACAGUUUGCCUGUCAUGUCCUGUGUGGGAGCUGCUGAGGCAGACUCCUGCAUGGCCAGCACGAGAGCUGGUGGUCGAUGCACCAGAAAGAAGGUGAAUGGUAAUUUCUGUCACCAGCAUGAGCUGGAGCUGUCAUCCAAACAGAAACAGCUUGAGUUUGUGCAAGAUUUCGAAGACAUUCUCGAGGCAACCCAGGAGCAGUGGAGCCAAGAGCAGCUGAACAUGGCUGUAGCUCUCUCGUUGCCCGAGAACGAAGAAGCUCGCGAGCAAAAACGUCGCAGUGAUCGCCUGGUUGCUCAGCGCUUGUCCGAGAUGGGAUUGCGCAAGGUAGAGACAUUGCGGUGGCGUGGAGUGCAGGCUUGCAAAGCCGAUGCGACGGGUGCUCGGAAUGGCUACAUCGUGGAAGCUCGGGCGCACGCUUGGAAUAUCUUGGAAUGA